UCUAGAUUUAAAGAGGAAAAAUGAAUGUUGCAACCAUGCAGUGUUUUGUUUCUCCUUUGGACAAACUGAAUUCCUAAGCUAAGCAGAUAAGUUAAACUAGCGUCCUAAGUUGGAAAGCUUGAGGUUUGUAGCAAUGUUGAGCUCCAACAUGGCCGCCGCAUGACUAAAACACAGGGACACUUGAAUUUCUAAACAGCUCAGAUGACGUUCUUACUGUUUCCAUCUCAUUAAAUGAGUCACCAGAUAGCCUGUGACUGUUUAAUGUUUGCAUGCAUGAAAUCCUGGGCAAAUUUUUUAAUUUUUUUUACUAUUAGCUUGUUUUGCUAAUGCCAGAAAGGUUGCAUAAAAAUGAGCCAUUAGCAUGUGUUUCGUUUUAUGGUAAUUUAGCUAACAUGUUAUGAGAGGGCUGGUAAAACAAAACAGGACUACUUUCUUUCUUUUUCUUUCCUUUUUGCACAAGCUCAGUCGUUUUCUUAAAGCUUUUGUCCCUGAAUUUAUGUGAUAAUCAAUUUGAAAAGCUGCAUCUCUGCCCUCUUUGUCUCGUGUUAUUUUCAGUUUGGUGAUCUGAAACCUGUAAGUGUGACAAAAAGAAAAAAAGGGCAAAAAUAACGAGAAGAAAUCCAUAUGGGGGGAAAUACUUUUUUCACAGCUCUGUUGAUUUCUUAUUCGGUGAAAAGGGAAGUGAGCCGAAAGCACUCAGAAACAUUUAGUUUUUAACAUUUUUAAGCUGCUUGAUCCUCCUUCGAGGCACAGCUGAUUAGGUGACCCCCUCAGUGCGCUUAGACCAAAAAAAAAAGCUGCACAGUUAUGUGCUGACAUAUAACCCCAGUGAGGAUGUGUGACACAGACCUCGGUAGUAAAAAUUCUCCCAGGCACCUCGUGUUGUUACGCCUCAGAGUUCAAACCGCUGAUCUGCAGACAAGAGUUUCCUGCUCCUUCAUAACUUCAUGUCACCUUGGAAGUUAAGCUCUGUUGUUUUCUGAGAAAACCGUGACACUGAAUAGAUCUUAAGAGUUUUGCAUGGGGCUUAAACUCAGAAGCUCUUUCGGGUGUGAUACCUUUAUUCAGUUUCUUUUUUUGUUGUUGUUUGUGGGGGUUUGUUUUGGGUUUUUUUCCUACAGACUGUCAGUGAAGAUCAAGUGAUACCGCUUAUCGCGCCAGCGUUUUAUCUAAAACUCGAAACAGGAAGCAGCUCGAGUGUGAGCUUCUUCAACUUCCCGUUGUAUUGUGUGACACAGUCGCCGGGGCUCUUCUCAGAGAGGGCCACGACUUUUGACUAGAGACGAUAAAAUUCUCAAACUUGUUGCUUUCAAAAGCUAGUGGCAUUCUCGUAUUUUUCUUUCGUGCUCUGCUUGAUUGAGCAAUGACUCUACUUCUGAGCUUUUUUGCAUGUCUGAGAGCAAAGUUCUUCAGCUGAAGCUGCAACAAAGAAGAAGCAGAGAAGCGGUGGAGAGCUGUGGAGCCAUGCCUCCACUUAAAAGUUCAGCUGCCUUCCACCAGCAGAGACGGGGCUUGGAUCGAGCACAGUCUGCGCACGGUCGCAAGCAGAGGAUCAGGAGUGAGUCAGGGAGUCCCGAGGCAAUCAGGAUGCGGAUCCUGGAUGAGAAGCUUCCAUCCAAACACGCUCAGCACAGAAACGUUCGCCUUGCUGACGACUCGAACAACAGGAUGGCCCACAGAGCGGGGCCCGUAGAGCCGGUCCACAGAAACAUCCUGCCUGUGGACGCGUGUUUCAAACAGGCCGUCACGCAGAGGCGGUUUCCGAAGCCCUCGGGGGGGAACUCAUCAUGCGACGAGGACAGUAAUGACCGCCUGUCUCCACGUCAGUCAGAAAGCCGGGAGCGUCCUCUGGGCAUUCAACCUUCAGCAGAGAAACCGGCCGGCAGCAACCUCACCUCUCCAACUGAGGUUCCUCCGUCAGUUCUUCCUUUUCAUCUCUUCUCCAUUCGUCCAAACUCCUCUGCGCAGAGAACUUUUGGAGUCCCUCAAAUUAAGUCCCAGCGCCUCUCCACCCAGAAACACAAGACAGAAAAGGCCAGCGCACCAAAGAUAAAGAAGCUGAAGUACCAUCAGUACAUUCCUCCUGACAAGAAGGGAGAUGCCGGGCCUCUUCUCGAUCUGGACUCCUCCCACGCCAAGAUCCUCCAGCAGCAGCAGUUCUUCCUCCAGCUUCAGAUCCUCAGUCAGCAGCAGCACAACUACCACGCCCGGCUGCCCGCGGAUCGGGACCCGCCUCCUUCAUCCUCUCCGUCCGACUUGACCUCCACUUCCUCCCCACCUGACUCCUCUCCUUGCAUUCACAUAGGUCCAAGUUCUGGGACAAAAGUCUCAUCACUCCGUCCGAAUCUGGACGAAAUGAAGGUCGCAGAACUAAAGUGUGAGUUGAAGCUGCGCAGGUUGCCCGUCUCUGGCACCAGGAAGGAUCUCAUCGAGAGGCUGAGAACGUACCAGGAACUCUGCAGUACCGCCUCUCCAACAGCAGGGGGACCCAGCGAGCCAGAGCCGGGAAGAGCACGACCGCGCUCCAAAACAGGCGGCAGUUUCGGUGCCAGUGAGCCGUCGCCUCAGCGGCUCUUGAGGUGUGACGGACCCCGCCUGCCGAACGGCGCGAGUCCAGCAGAAACCGGCUUUAACUCUGACCCACUGGGAGAACUGAUGAGCUCUCCUGCCUCUGAUCCCAGCCUUCGGCCGCUCACCACGGCUCCGGCGUCUGCUGCCGUCAAACAGGAGCGCCGACGCUCCGGCCCGGCGCCUUGUCGCUUCUCCUUAAAGUCUACCUCUCUGCAGGAACGCAGCUCGGUCUCUUCUGCGGCCCCCGCUAUUACCGCGGCAACUCCUCCUGCGACUGUUGACAAAGACAGAAUGCUGCAGGAGAAAGAUAAGCAGAUUACAGAGCUCACCAGGAUGCUGUUGCAGAAUCACAGGUUGGUGGAGGAGCUGAGAAUGCAGCUGGGAAACAGUAACCGAGACGCUCCGGAGGCGCACGUUCUCAAAAGAGUGAAGGAGGAACCUCCCGAUAGAUCAACAAGUCCUUUUCUAGUCAUUCUUAGUGAAGAGGAGGUUAUAACCAUCAAGAAGGAAACCGUGGAGGAAGAGAUAGCAUCCAAGAUGCCGCUGCAGGCGUCUAGCCCAACUCAACAGCCUAACAGUCAGACGCAUCCUCAGCUCCAGCAGAAGCAGGUUUGCCUGCAGGACUCUGCUCGACAGCUGGCUCAGCAACAGGCCAUCAGUAGGCUGCUGCUGAUGCAGCGUAACACUAAGAAGCCGCAGCACGCCGCUCAAAGCGUCAACGAGGCGCCGGAAGCCCACCGAAAACCCCAUCCGCAGAAGCAAAGGAGAUCUCAGAAACGGCACCUACAGACGCAGUCUGAGCAGCGUCGCCCCCAGCUGGAGAAAACGAGGCCGGAGCAACAGGUUCUGCUGAGGAAACAAGAGAGCGUCGCCAAGAAGCACCAGCAUCAGAACAACAAACUGCAACCUGUCCAGAUGCAGAGCAGGAUGCAUCCGCAGCAGCAGCAGGAUCUUCUGAGCAACGGCUCCCGCCCAGCCGUGGUCGGUGACAGCAAGAAGAAGCCCAUCCUGAUUCCUUUGACCAAUCACAUUACUGGAGACCGAGGAAAGGCGUCAAAUCCCGAUUUACCUCAGUUCUUUAAUGACACACCGUCGUUAAAGAACAAGACUGAGGCGCGUCAGGAACGUGUGGAGCUGCAGGAAGCAGCGGCCCAUCGUCCGUCAGCGCCACGCAGGCUGCAGAGUCCUCAAACGUGGAAAAACUCCCCUUCGCCUUUCUGUCAAACUGAGAUGUUUCCAGGUCUGGAUAUCUUGUUGAGUCCUCUGUCGUCAGAUUCGGUCGACACGGCAGCCUCGCCGUCUCACGAUAAACUGAGAGACGAGGAUUUCAUCGACCUCAUCCUGCAGGCUGGAGAAACACCUGACACACUGAAAGACGCCAGAGACUUCUCGUUUUCUUCACCUCGCCCGUCACCGCUCCACCUCCUGUUGUCACCGCCCAACUCCCCCAUCAGUGCUGCGCUACAACACGACUCUCCUCUGCAGCCCUGGACUCCAGCCAAAAGCUUGGAUUAUAAGCAACACUUAGAUCUGUGUGGCGGCGGACGCCUGGAGGACUUUCUGGAAGGUAUCCCUGGGAAGCCUCUCCAUGGGGUGGAACCAGGUAUCCUCCCCACUUUGUUUGAUGACCAAAUUAUGUGCACCACCUGCAUUCUGGAACCAGCUCCCGUGGAUUCCUCGGACAGGGAACGGAGCGCGGACCGUAAGGAAUGGCUGGGCUUCCCUGUGGGAGGAGAGAGCGAAUGGGAAACGUCCACACUGGUCCCCCGAACGCCCCCGAGUGUGUUCUCAGCAGACUUCCUGGACUGUUCCGACCUUCACAUGGACUGGGACUCUUGAAUGUAGCUGGAAACAGUCAAAAAAGCAACUCAAAGUUUAGUCUAUGCCUGACUUUUCAGGAUUUAAACCAAGCACAAAGUCUGUGUCAUUUUUUAUUCUGCCAUAUUCAGUCUUAAACCAUUUUCACAUUUAUUUAUUUUGUUGACUUGCUAAUACGUCUCAGGCUGGUCCUACAGAUGGAAACCUAGUAGAUAGUUGGACACUGGAAAGGUUUAUGUGCCUUUAGCACAUAUACCUUGUGCUAAAGGCUAGUGGCACUGCUAGUGCCAGUGGUGGGUACUGCUAGCUUAAAGGUUAGCUGCACUAACCCUAAACCACUAAUCAUAAACGUUAGCUGCGCUCACACUAAAGCAACAUAGUGUCUGGCAGAAGCUAAUGCUAAAGCUAAAGCAUUAAAGCCAGUAAUUGCUUGCACUGUGUCAGGUUGCGCUUCAAGAAGUGAUUCUCUGAAACAGACCAGUCACUCGUGGUUUCAGUGUUGAGCAUUGCUAACUCUGUUAGCAGAUUGUGGCCAAUUGCCCACAGCAGGGCUUUGGUCAGAAAGCACACCUGACAUCAAUGGAUUUUUAAUGCAUUCUGGGUAGAGUUAUGGUUAUGGUGCGUUCACACCAAACACAUUUCGUGCGUCUGGUUUAUAUUCAAAGUCUAUGUGGAGGUGCGUCGAGGGCCCGGCGAUUUGAAACGUUUGAAGCAUUUGAGCAUCCAACACAUCCGACAACAGAAAACAACGGCUCGAGCGUCCACCCCGACACGCCCCAACAUAGACUGUGAAUGUAAACCUGACGCACAAAACUCUAGGUGUAGAGUGAAAUGUUAAGCAUCUGCAUUCAGAGUUCACACGCGUUGAACCUGAAGCGUUGGACGCGUUUGGUGUGAACGCGCCGUUUGCUGCACCGCGUUAACGGUGGAGAACGUUAGGAGAGGAAACGGAAGGCCUGCGUAAGCGGUCUUUGCGGACUUCAAAGUAAGAGCGUGACUAUAGACGUCUUCUUGACAAAAAAUCUUAACAGACAAUAACCAAAAGCUCAACGCAGACGUCAAAUUUUAUUCCAGCAAAGAUUCACAAAACAGCCAAGUAAAUUAGCACCUUGGAAUUUAUUUGGAAAAAUUAAUUUAGGAGAAGCUAAUAACAUUGGAGCCUUAGGUUAGGAUUGUAAAUGUGCAGCUGAAUGACAAUAAAGUCUAUAAUUGCACAAGACGUUUAGCAAAAACGCAAAAGUGCUGAGUGAAAAAUGUUGGCCUGCUGUAGGCGGAUUAGCAGAAGUGUGCCCACUCACUCAAUCUGAUUUUUAGUCAGGCAUCGACUUGAAUCCACAGCCUGUUGCGUCACACGGACAAAUGAGUUUCAAAAGCAGACUCCUUCUCUGUUUACACUUCGUACGCGCCAACUGUACGAACAAUUGGCGCGUAAAGGGAGCCAAGAAAUAUCUUUGAAGUUUUUGCACAUUCCCAACAAAUUAAGGCUGCAGGAUUGAUCUAACCCUAAUUUUACAGAUCUCUUCUAAACAUUUGAGAUAUUUGUUGUGCAAGACAUUCAUACCAACCUUUUGUUAAAGGCUCAAAAGCGAUAUUAAACUGAUAAUAUUUCAUAUUUUUUUAAAAAGGGGAAAAAAAGCUAAAUGUGAAGCCUACAGGUUUAUUUGUCUUGAUAUUGCAUGUCCAAAGCAUUGUAUUAUUAACACGAUAUUUCUUAGAUUAUUUUUUUAAAGCAUUCUUUUACUCUGUGAUGAAAUUUGUGACGUAGCUUGAAUGUAACCACGUGGAAAUCUCACUACUCCGUCUUACGGGAGCAGCACAUGCACACAUUCAACACUGAAGCCUAAGUGUGUGUGUGACAUUUACACCACUGUAAAUUACUGUGUUUCUUGUUGUUGUGAAGAAGGUACCACGGCGAUGGCAAAUUAGAUUGAUCGUGACGUCAAUAAAUUCCUACUGAAUGAAUAAUCAGGAGUAUCUUUAA